CGCCGCGUUUGGGCCACAGGGAGAGAGAGGCCAGCCCCUGGGACUGGGGAGGGAAGCUAGAGGCACACUCCCCUCUCGCCAACUAGGGCAGGCGACAGCCGCUGGAGUAACCACCAGAGCCAAAGCUCUGCCGGGCCAGCGUCCCUUUGCAAAUCUGGCAAGGUUGCUGCGUGGAGAGGGGAGGACGGAGGCUGACCCGUGAAUCUGCUUCAGGCGGAAGCUCGCAGCGCCUGGGGGGAGCUGGAACCGUGUCCGUCGAAGCCUGGGAUCCAGACUCUGUAACCGAAGGAGAAUUGCCUCUGGCCCCGGGAACCGGUCAGCACCGCCCCACUGGCAGCAGACAGACAGCCGGAUAGAAGACGCCCGGAUCUGGGUCAGGCAGGGUUCCGUUGCGUCUCCAGAGGCGCUGCAGAGCCUGCCCGCCCACACGCAGCCUCUCCUCUGGGCCGGUGCUGUCAAUGAGAGGGAAGGAGCCGUAGAGAAAAUGCUGCAAGGAGCCAUUGGGAGCUUCCUCCUGGCCGUUCUGACUUUUGCACAGAGCUUUCCAGAAGAGAAGGUCACAUGUGCCUGUGACUUGGAGUCGUGUAACAAUCACACCUGCCAGGGGAAGGUGUGUUUUGUGAGCAAAAAUCUGGAUAGCGGGAAGGUAUUCAAGAAGAAGGGCUGCCUGGGCAAAGACACCCAGUUGCAGUGCUCGAGUUCGGAGAAGGAAUACGCCACGCGCUGCUGCAACUCCAACAUGUGCAACGAGAACAUGAAUAUCUUCCUGGAAGCUGAAGUGCAGCCCGAAACGCCGACCUCUCUGAAGAACCUUCUCCUGAUGAUCCUUGUCCCCCUGCUGGCCUUCCUGGUCAUCGGGAUGCUCCUUGCGCUCUCCUGCUGGAAGCUGGCUCAGCAUCGCAGGAGACGGCUCCUCUUCCAACACAACAACUUGGGCGACACCGACCUCAUGCUGAAAGCCUCCAUGGCCGGAGACGGCGUCUUAGAGGUGAGAGGGCCUCCCACCGCCUGCCCUGCUGAAACGGGCAGCGGCUCCGGCCUGCCCUUUCUGGUCCAGAGAACUGUGGCUCGACAGAUCGCUCUGGUGGAAUGUGUCGGGAAAGGGCGCUACGGAGAGGUGUGGCGCGGCGUGUGGCACGGGGAGAACGUGGCCGUGAAGAUCUUCUCCUCCCGGGACGAACAGUCGUGGUUCCGUGAGACGGAGAUCUACAACACGGUGCUGCUCAGGCAUGAGAACAUCCUGGGCUUCAUUGCCUCUGACAUGACGUCCCGGAACUCCAGCACCCAGCUCUGGCUCAUCACUCACUACCACGAGAAUGGCUCGCUCUACGACUACCUGCAGAGGACGGUGCUGGACACAGAGAUCUGCCUGAGGCUGGCCUACUCCAUCAUCUGCGGUCUGGUCCACCUGCACGUGGAGAUCUUCGGGACCCAGGGGAAACCAGCCAUUGCUCACCGGGACCUGAAGAGCAGGAACAUCCUGGUGAAGGCCAAUAGGCAGUGCUGCAUCGCAGACUUGGGGCUGGCGGUCAUGCAUUCCCAGGGCAGCGACUACCUGGACAUUGGGAACAACCCUCGGGUGGGCACCAAACGCUACAUGGCCCCCGAGGUCCUGGACGAACAAAUCCGUACCGACUGCUUCGAGUCCUAUAAGCAGACAGAUAUCUGGGCCUAUGGUCUGGUGCUCUGGGAAAUCAUCAGGAGGACGGUUGUAAAUGGUUUAGUGGAGGACUACCGGCCUCCGUUCUUCGACAUGGUCCCAAGUGACCCCAGCUUCGAGGAUAUGAAGAAGGUGGUUUGCACUGACCAGCAAACGCCCAGGAUCCCUAACUACUUGUACUCUGACUUGAUUUUGACCGCCCUGGCUAAGAUCAUGAAGGAAUGCUGGUACCACAACCCCUCCACUCGCCUCACAGCCCUGAGGAUUAAAAAGACACUAAAGAAGCUGAGCAGCUCCCUAGAAAACCCUAAACAAGACUGCUAACUGCAGGCCGCAGAGCGCUGGGAUCGGGUGUCUGACUCACUCGGCUCUGAAGCAGCAGAAAAGCCAAAGAGGUUCAAGGUCACUGAGUUUAUGCUAUGUGCAGGGCGGGGCCAGGGCUCUUUGUUGCCUGGCUGUGUAACAAACCGGUUUUUCCUUCUAAGUCCAGCCCCGUUGCGGGAGGCGGAUUUUAAUUGGCCUCCACUCCCCAGCGACCAUUCCAACCUGCUGCAGAAAAACCCCUCCGAGCAGCUGCCAGUUGUCUCUCGCAGUCGCUCUCCAGUGUCCUCGGAGCUGGGUUUUUUUGGACUUCUUUUUUUUUUUUAAUUAAAAAAAAAUCCACCCAACCCCUUUGUAAAAAUACCCGCUGGGUCUGUGAGCUGACGCCAGCCUGUCUUGCGAGCCAGACGGGAACAUGAGCAGCAGUAGGGAGUGCCACCCCCUGCCCGCGCCCCAUGAGCGGGGCGUGGUCUCCGAAGGCUACAUCAGGACCAUGUGAAACCAACAUGGUUUAGCCUUCAGGACUCUUCUGCGCCUGCGUGCGCGCAUCUGCCGGUGCGCAUGGCUGAGCGUGUGUGCACGCAUGUCUGUCUAUGGGCAUGUGUGAAAUACACACGCCCUGGAUAACGAGGAGCUGGGACUGGCUUUAAUGAAACGCUCGGUGCAUGUGUAGAGGGCACAGCUGGAACCGCUGGGAUGCACCAAUGUAGUCUCCUACUGAGAACUCAAGCUGUCCUCAAUGCCAGUAGAGAGUCCCAGGGAACAGCCUGCCCACCCCAGCCUGGCAUACAGGAAAAGGAAAAGAAUAGGCAGUUCUUUAGCCACUAAUUAAUGUUGCUAGACAGAAAAUUUCGAGAGACCAUG